GGAUGGAAUUUUGUUAAUCGAUGGUUAUCUUAGCGGCUCUGUGACCCUCAACACUUCAGAGAGCAUCCAUGAGCUGCCCCACCGUCCCCAUUCACAAGGCUUUGCACGUCGCCGUCGUAGGCGUUGGGCUCGUCGGCAGGGAGUUCAUGAGCCAGAUGAUCGCGAGCCGAUACCCUUUCGUGCUUACCGGGCUGUGCAAUUCGAAGCGCAUGAUCCUUAACGGAUCCAGAUCGGAUGAUCAAUGCUUCAACCCCUCGCGUUGGGAAGAUGCUCUUGCAGCGUCGAACACGCCUGUUGAUCUGGCCAUCCUGCGAGACGCACUGGCCCAAUUUGUGAAGGAAGGCAAACGGGCCGUCUUGGUGGACAAUACAGCGAGCGAGGAUAUCGCAUUGACCUAUCCGCAGUUUUUGGAUGCGGGCGUUCACGUAGUCACGCCAAACAAGAAGGCUUUCUCUGGAGAGCAGGAUUACUAUCUUCGUUUGAUUGGCCAAGGUGGAGGGGCGACUGCACCAGUAGUGAGGGGCCGAUUCUUGAACGAGUCCACGGUUGGCGCUGGUUUGCCGAUCGUCUCGACCUUAAGGGAUUUGGUCGAGACGGGGGAUAAGAUCAAGAAGAUCGAAGGCGUGUUCUCCGGAACGAUGAGCUACAUUUUCAAUAACUUCUCCACUGGAGAACCAGGAGGUAUCAGCUUCUCGGACGUCGUAGCCCAGGCAAAACAGAACGGUUACACUGAGCCGAACCCGAUGGAUGAUCUCAACGGGGCAGAUGUUGCCCGUAAGCUCACUAUCCUUUCUAGGAUGGUAGAUCCCUCGAUGCUUGCACUCCUACCGCACGGUUACAAAUCCGUCGAUACGCAGUCCCUGAUUCCCCUUGAGCUCGAGUCCGUGAAGGACGGGGACACGUUCAUACGGUGCCUCCCAGGGUUUGAUGCCGAGAUCGCGAAGAAGCGGGAGGAGGCUGCGAUAGAGGGGUGUGUUUUGAGGUAUGUCGGGAUCAUCGACGUCGAGAAAAAGGUCGUUAAGGCAGGGCUGGAAAAAUACCCGAAGACACAUGCGUUUGCGACGUCGCUAGGUGGAUCGGACAACAUCAUCAUGUUCCAUAGCGAACGGUACAGUCCACGGCCUCUGAUCGUGCAAGGCGCUGGCGCCGGAGCGGCGGUCACUGCCAUGGGUGUUAUGAGCGAUCUUUUGAAGCUCCUUUGAUCCUUGCCAGUAGCCUGGGGAUCGUGUAUGUAUAUAACUACGGGUGCAUGACACGUACACUCGAAGAAUAUGUAUCACCACAAUAGAGGGCCCGGUUUCGGCAUAUGUCAAGGACAAGCACAAUGCCAUUUGGUUGUUAGAGCGCGGUCGACGUUUUAGAACAAAGCCGAUCAGCUCGGAGGCAGGCUCAUCGCCGCAGUCAAAGCAGUGGAACCGUCAA